CCUUCCUCAACGACAACGACAACGACAACGACGACACUCCCUCUUGUCAUCGACACCAGUUCAUCACCUUCACUCAACCCUAUCAUCUUGAAUAUCGACCUUCUUCCUGCCUCCUCGACAUGGCUGGAGGUGCUGCGCACGGCAAACCCGUCUGGAAGGGCAACCACCCCGUCGGACAGAUCAAUGCUGCCCGACCUCUGUACAGAAUUGCUGCAACCGGUCUAGGAGCUUCAAUGUGGUUUUUCUUGUUCUACAGAGCGAAGAAAGACGGUCCUGCCCUGAUUGGCCUGAAACAUCCCUGGGAUCACUGAGCACCGCAGGCUGUUGAGCCAUAUAAAAAAACCCUCCUGUACAUAUCAACUCAACAUAUGUGGCGUUGGCGAUGAGUCUCGUGUUGUCGCGAUUGUGACGAUUUUUGGAGAUGACGACUUGCCUCUGAAGCUCCGACUACCAAGGCAGAACUGGCCGUGGACAGACAUGAUCGAUCAAUCGGCGCAAGCUUCGUCGGGCAGCAGAGUCUGCAGAAAUAAACAUACAACUUCGGAAAUAGAGAAGUCUUGGUACACAAAGAAAUGCCAGCAAGUCUAAACAAUGAUAUGCGUUGGUCCCCAGCGCGAGAUUUGACCAACUUGAUAU